GAAAACACAGACAAAACGACGGCGUUUGGAGCUUCUGCCUCCUCCUCUCCUACUACUGCAACUCUCUCUCUGUUCUUCGUGCAUUUCGGUUUGAUCAUCGCGAGAUUGAUCGGAGAAAAGUGGAUCACAAUUGACCAUUUGAUUUGACCUCUUACAAAUUCCUUCAGGGUUUUGCCGCUCAUUCACCUCCGCAUCUCCCGAUGUCUUAGGCUGCUCAAUUCGUGAUUGUUUGCUCUCAAAUCUUUCAUUAUUUUUUGUGAUUUCUUCCACCACAUUUCUGCGCCAGCUGUAGAGCUGAAGUUGAUGCUCAAGAGUUGAUUUUUAUUUAAGGGGCAUGAGCCAAUUUGGAUCGUCUUGAAAGACCAUUGCAAGUGUAUGAUGUUAGGUUCUGGGAAUAAUUUAAAUCGAGGAAGUGCAUUCCCACCAUCAAAUAUGCCGUCCUUGCCCCAGUGUUUACCGCUGGAGCCCAUUGCAUUAGGUAAUCAAAAAAAUUUGUGCUCAGGGGAGCUGAAAAGAGCUCUUGGUGUUUCUUCUGGAAGUACAUUGGAGGACCGUUCUUUUGGAGUAGCCCAUCUGAAGCGUCCGCCUCCAGUGACAUCUAAGGAGCUGAAGCAUUUUAAAGAUAGUGUGCAAGAUUCAUCUAGAAGAGCCAGGGAAAGAGCAGACAUGCUGAGUGAAUCCUUGUUCAAGUUGGAUAAAUAUAGGGAAGCCUUGAACUCAAAAAAACGACAACGUAGUGAAAUUUCACCAAGUGAGAGGAUAGGUGGUGGGAACUUAUCUAAAAUGGGAAGCCAGAUUCAAAGAAAUGGCCAUGAUGUUAUAAUUCAUAGAUUGGAAGAUAGAGCAAAGAGUGUAGGGUUGAACAAGCGUGCUCGUUCAUCCAUAUCUGAUGUUCAGGCAGAAACCAGGUUCACCACAGUUUCAAAUAAUCCAACGUUCUUAGAGAAGGAUGGUGAUGUACACCAGCUUGUGAAUGAUGGUUCUCUUCGAAGUGAAGAAAAGACUCGCAAGUUGCUUGCUGGAGGAGAGGGAUUGGAUCAGAAAAUUAAAAAGAAGCGUUCUGUCGGAGCUGUUGGUUAUAGAAUUAAUAAUGGUGAUCGUGAAAUUAAACGAGCUACUCAUACCAAGCUGAGUUCUGACUCUAAGUUGCGAUCUUGUGAUGCCCAAGGGUAUAGAUUGAAAUCUUCAUCUGGAGUCAAUGGAAUGAACAGGUUGGAUGGUUCUUCCGAGCCUACUAGUUCAGAUGCGAGUACCAUAUCAAAGAAUGAACUUGAAAGUGCUCUUCCUUUGAAGGGUCGCACAUAUAUAUUGGAGCAGAGGAUGCUAAAAGGGAACAGUAGGCCAAGUAACCGGGAAGACAACUCAGUAGGUAGUCCAAGUACAGUGAUUAAAGCAAAGGUUUCUAGGGGACCAAGAACUGGAUCAGUUAUGGGGCUAGACUCAUCCCCAAAUAUUGACUCUUCAUCCGAAGCUCAUCAGGCCUGGGAAUCUUCAAGUCUUAGCAAAGCCCAAUUGGCUGGACUUUCAAGUAAUUCAAAGCAUGCAAUGCCAACUGGUUCAUCUUUGUGUACUGUUACCCAAUGGGUUGGCCAGAGACAUAAAAACUCACGCACUAGGAGAUCAAAGUUACUGCCUCCUGUGCCAGAUCUUGGUGAAACUCCAAGUCCAUCUCAAGACUUUGCAGCUUCUGAUUUUGGUCCACGAGCAAUUGCAACAAAUGGAUCAGUAUCAGCUAGUAGUGUUGACAACAAUACCAAAAAAUUUAAAAGGGAAGUUGAUAACGUUUCUUCUCCAAGUGGGAUGUCUGAAAGUGAAGAAUCAGGACCUGGAGAUGACAAAGUCAAAAGGAAAAAUACAAGUGGUGGCAAGUUUUCUUUAAGUGCAGUAGAUGAAGCUGGGUCUUCUAUAUUGCCGGUGAGGAAGAAUAGGGCACUGGCGAAUGAAAAGGGAGAUGCUGUGCGAAGACAGGGAAGGAGUGGAAGGGGUACUUCACAAGUUAAGCCUGAUAGCCCUUUGGUGAGAGAUAAGUCAGAGAGCCUAUUUGUAGAAAAACCACUCCACAACAUGAAGCCUGGCUCUGGGAAAAUGAGAAGUAAAUCAGGUCGUCCACCAUCAAAAAAACUAAAAGAUCGCAAGGGUUCAGCUCAGGUUGGGUUAACUUGCCGCUCCUCAGAUAUCACAGGUGAAUCUGACGACGAUCAAGAAGAAUUGUUUGAGGCAGCCAACUCUGCUCGUAAUGCCAACACUCAUGCUUGUACUGGUCCAUUUUGGCAUAAAGUAAAUUCCAUCUUUGUUUCUGUUAAUCCAGAAGAUGCAGCAAACUUGAAGCAACAGCUAAGUUUUGCUGAGGAGCUUGGUGAGAGGUUGUCUCAGAUGCAGGACACUGAACACGAGAACCUGGGUCUUGGUGUACAUGUAAUAGACACCAAUUGUUUAGGAGAAAUACGAGGGUCGAGUAAGGAAUUUGUUAGGUCUGCUACGAAAAGUGGAUUUGACAUGGGAAGACUAGACAAGGCUGUUCCCCUGUAUCAUCGAGUUCUUUCUGCUUUGAUAGAAGAGCGGGAUUGUGAUGAAUAUUACCACCAAAGUGAAGGGAAGCACAUGUUUCUGCAAUCAGCAAGUGAUGAUUCUCACUGUGGUUCUUGUAACCUUAAUGAUUAUGAACACAGAGAUAGAGAUAGAGUGGAAUCAGAGGCUGAGUCGACAAUAGAUUUUCAAAUCCCGAAGAAUAAUAUGUUUGACAGAUUCUCUUGUGAUAAAAGUGCCGUGUCCAACUCGUAUAGGAAUCCAAGCAUGUCUAGCUUCAUUCAUGGUGGCGAACAGUGGCAAGGAGAUGAUGACUUAUCACAUUGUGAUGUAGGGAAUGCCAGUGAAAUAUGUUCAAAUGAUUCUUUCCAGCUGCAAUCUGGGGAUGUUAACGCACCCAAUAUUUCUUCCAAUUGUCAGUAUCAGACGAUGCGACUGGAUGACAAACUUCUAUUGGAACUACAGAGUAUAGGGUUAUAUCCAGACACCUUGCCUGAUCUGGCCGAGGGAGAAGAUCUCAUCAACCAAGAAAUUAUGGAGCACAAGAGAAGUUUGUUCCAACAGGUUGGGAGAAAAAAGAGCAACCUGGAAAAAGUGGAAAAAUCCAUGCAGAGAGGAAAAGAUGCGGAAAAACGGAAAAUCGAGGAAGUUGCGAUGGACCAACUUGUUGAGAUGGCUUACAAUAGGAGAAUGGGUUAUCGUGGCAGUAAUGCUUCGAAAAGUACAGUUCGCAGGGUCACAAAAUCAGCAGCCAGGUCCUUAAUCAAGCGUACUCUCACUAGAUGUCACAAGUUUGAAGAUAGUGGCAUUAGUUGUUUCAGUGAGCCUGCAUUGCAGGAUAUCAUUUUCUCGACACCUCCGCACAACCGAGAUGCAAAAACCAUCAACUUCGGUGGCUCUACAACUGCUACUAAUAUGUUUUAUGAGUCUUCUCAUCAGAUGGACGACAGGGUAUUGGGUGCUGUUUGUGGCCCAUCUGAGAGAUAUGACUCACAGAGUGAUACUUUGGAUAAAGGUUCUUCAAAUGCUCAAGCCAUCAAUUCUUCAGAGCAAGACUGUAUGCGUGGAUCCAUGGUGAUUAAGCAGAAGAAGAGGGAAAUGCGCAUAGAUGAAGUUGCUGGAAGUGCUUCCUCCAGGGUCACAUCUGGGCUCACCCCAGGCAUCAAAGGAAAGAGAAGCGAGAGAGAAAGGGACCCUAACAAAAACCAUCCCCUUGCCAGCUUCUUCGGUUCAUCGUUGGAUGGCUGCCAAGGUGUCCGGCGAUCGAGGGCAAAGCCCAGGCAGAAGACUAGUUCUUUGUCGACUUCAGAAGUGCCGGAAUCUUUGGCCUCCGAAUCUCGUAAAACGGGCCCAAAUUUUGGCAACAGAACAAGAGAAAUCAACCAGGGCAACUUUGUGCUGGGGUCAUCUAAAGAGGCAGAGGAGUCGAGUGGUUUGAGUAACUUGCAAUUGCAUGAUUUGGAUGGCAUGGAAGAACUAGAUGUAUCAAAAGACCUCGGCGAGCAUCAAGAUCUCGGUUCUUGGUUGGACAUCGACGAAGAUGGGUUGCAAGACCAUGAUGCCAUAGGUCUCGAAAUUCCAAUGGAUGAUCUCUCCGAGUUGAAUAUGAUGGUUUAGACUGGUUUCAUUCAGGCCCCAACCUUUAUAUGGUGAAAUUGUUGUACCACUGCUCUGAAUUCUUAGUGACUGGCUUCAUUAUAUUGUGUGUAGGCCAUUAUAAUGUGUAUAUAAUUCUUCAAUGGUCGUUAAUUCUGUAACUAUUGCCUAAUUCACUUUCUAACCCGCAAGUUUUGGAUAUGACCUCUAUUGCUACAAAAUUUAGUUUAAUUUUAGCCUAUGUAACACUUAUCUCUAACUUCUUUUCA